UUUUAAACUCCUGCAGUCAGCUAUCAGAACGUCUGUAGAAUUCCGUCAUCAACGAGCUACAACAGGAGAUACCAAGCAGACACGACGAUGGUCCGCGUAAUCACCCUCGACGAACCCUUUCUCCCUGUCCAGAACGACCUCGGUGAAGGAUGUCUCUGGGACUCGAAGACGGGUCUGCUUCACUGGGUGGACAUCUUCCGGUCGACCAUCCAUACGCUCGACCCGAAGACGAUGAACCACUCGGUGGAUGAUUACUCGGAGUGCGAUACGGUUAUCACCAGCUUGAUUCAGCUGAAAGACGGAUCCGGGUUCAUAGGCUCUCACCUGAAACACCUCGCAUACUUCCCAAACCCUACCAAGCCCACCCAUCCGUUCCCCAAGUCCACCACCACUGCCAUUACUAAACGCACCUCUCAACCGUUAGAGGGGAGCAAGGCGUUCGAGAUCCCAGCCAAGUAUUUCCAGGCGGGAGAGGAUGGGGUGCAUAGGUUCAACGAUGGGGCGGCGGACGCUAAGGGGAGGUUAUGGAUCGGUACGAUGGGUCAUAAAGAAGCUGGAUACAACGGACAGCUGUUCCGAUACGACCCGGAUGGUCACGUCGAGCUCGUCUACGAAGGGAUCGGAGUAAGCAACGGGAUUGGAUUCAGUCCGGAUAACAAAAUCAUGUACUAUAUCGACUCCCCAACGAGGGUGAUCUACCAGAUGGACUUUGACCUGGAAUCAGGCCGUGUCUCAAACCGCCGCACCUUGCUGGACUCGUCCUCGUUCGACGACGGCGUCUUUGACGGACUGUGUAUGGAUGCCGAGGGAGCGGUGUGGGCCGCUAGGUGGGGGGAUAACCGGGUCGUCAGGGUCUUGCCGGACGGCAAGGUCGACCUGGAGAUCCGGAUCCCGGGGGCGAGGUGUAUCACCUGUUGCGUUUUCGGAGGCGACGAUAUGGAGGACCUGUUCAUCGUGACGGCGUCAUGCAAGGACAAGCCCGAAUUGAACGCAAAGUACCCGCAAGGGGGGGAUCUCUUCAAGGUCAGGGUGGAUGGGAUCAAGGGGGUCGAGAGGUACAAGUUUGGGAAUUGAGCGCUUGCGCCGGCGCGAGAUGGCCAAGCGGGAAUUGAUCGUGGGGGAUGGUGAAACAAUAGUAAUUGGUCAGGCGAUCGGCGAUCGAAGCAGGAGGUAGUUGCAUAUGCUUGUGCAGGUUACAUGAAACAAAGGGUAGCGUCACAAGAAACGGAAUCAUCAAGUCGACAUGUGACAUCAUGGUUUCUUGCCAGCGGCGUGAUACAUCGAGACCCUCUAUACUACUUGCCUUCACGGUCCCCGCUAGAUGAUGUAAGCGAAGGCUUCAUUUGAAUGAAUUGUCGAUAAAAUCGCUCUUAAGUACCCCUCAUUUGGCCAGUGAUCUGAUGUUUCGAAUUUGACUCAACAGAUACAUGGUCAUAGUAGUUUGUUCUAUCUUGUAAUUGACAAUCGCGUCACCUGCCAUUUCUUUUGGUGUAUUGCUUGCACAACGAUGUUCAGCCAAACAGAGCUUUUCAGAUUU